AAAAUAAGUAGGCCUAUACUUUAAAUAAACGAGUUACACAAUUGCAUUUUUACAUGAAAGCCCUUGAAUGGUCCCUUGCUUUACUGAUACUUACAGUGGUUCCCCCUAGCAACAGCUAGAUGGCGAUGUGUUCAAGCGGAAGUGUGUCGUGUGAGCGGAAGUGUGCGUGUUAUUACAGAGAUGUGAUGAAGUAGGGCAUCUGUCAUUAUAGCGGCAGAUGGAGCGUCACUCCAAAGUCUUGAGAAACAGUAAUGGACCGCUCAUAACCUCCCGUGAUAAACACAAAAGCGUUGAUUAAAGGAGAAAAGCUGCCUGCAGUGUCCUUCUUCACGGGAUGGAGACGCACAGUUCAGGGCUCAGCAGGAAGAGGAAGAGAAAGGAGCUGAAUGGACAGAUGAAAGAAGCAGACCGUGUCCGAAAAGCUCAACGGAAAACUUUGGUGAAACAUGAGAAGCCUUCUUGUCAUCUUGUUCUGAGCGCAAGAGAACCUGCACCGUUUUCAGAUGAGCUGGUGGGUGCAGGAUUACCAUACGAUCGUGUUAGUUUGGAGGAGGCCCAACUUGGAACUCCAGAGGAUCGUCCUGUGCGUGUGUAUGCUGACGGGAUUUUUGACAUGUUUCAUUCCGGACACGCCCGUGCUCUAAUGCAGGCCAAGUGUCUUUUCCCAAACACGUAUCUCAUCGUAGGAGUGUGCAGUGAUGAUUUGACGCAUGAAUUUAAGGGCUUCACCGUCAUGGAUGAGAAUGAGCGGUACGAUGCAGUGAGUCACUGUCGUUAUGUUGAUGAAGUGGUCCGGAACGCUCCGUGGACGCUAACACAUGAAUUUCUGGCCGAGCACAGAAUAGAUUUUGUUGCCCAUGACGAUAUCCCAUACAUCUCAGCAGGAAGUGAUGAUGUAUACAGACAUAUAAAGGAAGCAGGCAUGUUUGCACCUACUCAGAGAACAGAGGGCAUUUCCACAUCCGACAUUAUCACACGUAUCGUGCGUGACUAUGAUGUUUACGCGCGCCGUAACCUUCAGAGGGGAUACACUGCCAAAGAGCUGAAUGUGAGCUUCAUCAAUGAGAAGAAGUACCACCUGCAAGAGCGUGUGGAUAUGGUAAAGCAGAAGGUGCGAGAUGUGGAGGAGAAGAGUAAAGAGUUUGUCCAAAAGGUCGAGGAGAAAGGCAUCGACCUCAUUCAGAAAUGGGAGGAGAAGUCACGAGAGUUCAUAGGAAACUUCCUGGAGAUGUUCGGACCAGAUGGGGCGUUGAAACACAUGCUGAAGGAGGGGAAAGGACGGAUGUUGCAGGCCAUCAGUCCCAGACAGAGUCCCAGCAGCAGCCCCACUCGUGAGGAACGAUCUCCCUCGCCCACCUUUCGUCUUCCCUUCUUCAGCAGGACCUCCUCACCGUUCACCUCACCUCCCGCUCAUCACAGCAGCACAAACGGCAUCAGCCAGGACGAGGAGGACUAAAAACAUCAUCACUCCAGAAUUCCAUUCUGGUUUUCACAAGGAUCAUGUUUUAAACCCAUAGCUGUUCUUCAAAGCCAUCAUGAGCGGCCAAGAAUAUAAAUGGAGCUUCACAGCUGCUUUUACAAUGUGCUUAACCGGCUUUUAUGAUUUGCACAAUAGUGGCCAAAUUUCGCCCACAGACUAAAGGUUUUGAUUCCACAUCUCUGCUCUUACACACAUCUUCCUUGUCCUUCACAGAGAUUUGCCACACACCACUAAACCAAAAAGACGCACAUUGUUGGCCUGUUCCUUGGAUACAUUUUGUGUUAGCGGACAACGUAUAAUUAUGCAGUUUUGGGGAUUAUAACUUUCUUUUAACAAAACACAAAUGCUUCAAUUUGAAUAGUACGUUAGUCGAAGAACAGCGUCUGCUUAAACGCAUCUCCAUUUUAAAUUAUGCAUUAAACAAAUGCUGACCCGCAUUCAUUGUUUAAAUCUUUUCAAACUUGAACGGACCGAAUUUGAGAGCAAAUCCAGCAUGGGGGGAGAGUCCUGGGACAGAGGAGUCGUCCGCAUUUCUUUUGCCAUCAUUUUAGUUGUGGAGGUUUACAAUUCCUUCGGUGCCGCUCAGUGUAUGUAGUCAGGUUUUAUUUUUCAUUUAUACUUUCUUUGACACAGCAAAACAACCGUUACAUUCUAACAUUUACAUUUCUUAGCUUUUUUCUAAACUUUGCCUAAUAUGGACACUAACUGGAAGUCUGAUGUGAAGGAAUAAUAUUGAAGACUGGCAGUGACUCUGUGUUUCUGGACCUGGCACCUCCUAUUAAACCCUGCGCUAUUCUGUGGCAUGGGUCCCGGACGUUUUGGAAAGGCUUUGCCUUCGGAAUGUUUACAUUACCCAAGCCCAGCGAGGGGCGGUGUUAGCACAAAAAGGGGACAAGGACUUGUGUUAGUUUACAUGUUUACCUAGAAAAGAACAACUACAGUAGGAUUAAUGUGUGCUGGCAUUUGGUGGUAUUCUUUCUGUCAGUCGCAAAGGUAUUUAUGGGCCAGGUUGUUUUAAAUGAUCACUGUGAAUAAAAAGAAUCAUUUACUGAGGCAUUUAUGGGGUAAAGGGAUAGUUCACCCUAAAUUGAAAAUUCUCUCAUCAUUCACUCAUACUCGAGUUGUUCCAAAUCUGGAUACAUUUCUUUGUUGCGAUGAGCACAGGGAAAGAUGUUUGGACGAAUGCUUGUAACCAAACAGUUCUUGCACCCCAUUGACUACCAUAGUAAGAUAAAUUAAAAUGAUAGUCUAAAGUGCCCCAGAACGGUUUGCUUUCCUACAUCCUUUAAAAUGUCUUCUUUUGUGUUCAACAGAACACAAAACUAAAUUUUCCCAAUGUGAUAGUCAAUGGUCUCCAAGAUCUUUUUGGUUACAAGCAUUCUUUCAAAUAUCUUUCUCAUGGUUCAACAAAACAGACGUUAAAAACAGAUUUAGAACAAUUUGAUGGUGGGUAAAUGAUGAUAGGAUUUUCAUUUUUGGGUGAACUAUCCCUUUAAGAGUAAAAUAACACCAAAAUAUAUAAAUGUUAUGUCUCUUCUCUAGUGGCCUGUUUAGUAAAAUAUGUGGACCCAAAGGCAGACUCGUGUAUUACAGCACCUUUAAUGUCAAAUAAUAUAGCAAUUUUAGAAAAGGAUGAAAAAAUACUUAAACUUGUCCUUUUAGAUUCAAUUAAAUGUCUUAUGAUGUCUGAAGAUACGUUUCUGUGUGUCAUAUUUGACUACCAACAGCUCGAUCAGUUAGUUUCUGUGUACAUACUGUAUAAGACUGCAGACAUGAACAAGACAAUAUUUCUCACAUAGACAUGAAAGUCGAUGUUUGAUCCAAAAGCGGGGUAAGGCUUUGUAAAAUGUACUGCAUGUCCCAGAGAAAGACUUGUAGGAUAAGUAAAAGUAGGAUGAAUGUUUUAAAAGCCACUGUAAAUGUUCGGUCUGACGAAACUUUGUCAAGAAUUUCCAGGUCAUACUUCACAUCAAAAUUGAAAGUAAAACAUUAUGAGAAUUAUCCCUGUUUUGGGACCAUUGGUAUUUUGUGUCCUAUGAAAAAUGCCUUAAGAUGUAUUGUGUUCUUUCUACAUAAUGAUAUUAUGUUAUUGUUUUACUGAAUUUAUGCUGAUCUGAAUAAAAAAAUGUAUUGAUCUCA